AUGCUGAAGCCACGGUUGUUCUCGACGUUGCGAUGCCUGCAGCAUGAGAAUCCUCUCGGUCUUCCGCGCUCAGGCGCGCCUCCGCAAAUGCCGCGCAUGCAGCGAGGAUUGCCACAGAAGCGGAAUAUCAAAGAUGUGAAGAAAGUGAUUGCUGUCUCAUCCGCAAAAGGCGGAGUUGGAAAGAGUACUAUUGCUGUCAACCUCGCCUUGAGCUUUGCGCGUCGUGGUUACAAAGCCGGCAUCCUUGAUACCGACAUCUUCGGCCCAUCAAUACCAACUUUACUCAAUCUAUCCGGCGAACCCCGACUGUCAGCAAACAACCAACUACUCCCGCUCUCCAAUUAUGGCCUAAAGUCCAUGUCCAUGGGCUACCUCAUCCCAGAAUCCUCACCAGUAGCAUGGCGCGGUCUCAUGGUCAUGAAAGCCCUGCAGCAACUCCUCCACGAAGUCGAAUGGGGCGGCCUAGACGUCCUAGUCCUUGACAUGCCACCCGGCACCGGCGACGUCCAACUCACAAUCACCCAGCAGCUCAUCCUAGACGGCGCGCUCAUCGUAUCAACGCCGCAGGAUCUGUCGCUCAAAGACGCGGUGAAGGGCGUUGAACUGUUCCGCAAAGUCGAUGUGAAGUUACUGGGUCUGGUGUGCAACAUGGCGGGCUUCAAAUGUCCCGGCUGCGGAGACGUGCAUGAAGUGUUUGGGAAUAUGAACAAGAUCAGGGCCAUGUGUGGGAAGUAUGACUUGAACAUGCUAGGCGAGAUACCGUUACAUGCGAGUAUCAGCGACGAUGCUGAUCGUGGGAAGCCGACUGUGGUAGCGGAACCGGAGGGCGAGCGGGCUAUGGCGUUUGGCAAGAUUGCGCAGCAAGUUGAGGGUCUUAUUGGACUAGAGCGGUAG